AUUUUGGCGGUUUCGGCAGUUGCACGCGGCUGUGUGUAGUAGUUUCACGUGUUGCUUUGUGUACGCGUAAAAAAAUCAACAACAAUUAAACAAUUCGACCGUUGAACAUCAAGUUUUUUAAGAACUUCACUCUGUGACUUGUGACUUAUCUGAUGUGACGCUUAAUUAGCGAUUAAUUUAUGGUUUUCUGUUGCUAAGCUUCAUUCAUAAAAUACAAUUUCGCGCGGAGGUGGGCCGCGAUUUCGCGGGUAUUGGCGCGUAUUGUGUGUACGAAAUAAAGGCCAACUAAAGACGAACUCGUUCGCGGCGGCACAAUCCUUGUUCAAAGUUGAAUCAAGACCCUGGUAAUGAUGGAAAUGUUGACGCCAAAGCGCAAAAAUAGCGAGGGGUCCGUAAAUUGCAGUAAUUGCGGGAUGCCACACGCCGCCGGGGAUAAGUGCUAUCAUCCUUGGACGUGGGCCGAAAAAGCACAAAAUGUUCAUCUAAGUCCGAAUGGUUCGUGCUCUUCGCCCGAAAUGAUGGUAGAAAAUCGCAACGGUAAUGGAACCUCGGCCGACCUAAGCAGUCCAAGCGAUGCUGGUUCUCGCCAUCGUAGAAACGACUCUCACAGGCGUGGACGACCCAGAGCCGAUGCAUUGACUCACCUCAUGAUGCAAGGCAGUACCUCGCCCUCGAGCAUCAAAUGCGCUUACUGCAAUCGCGUGUUUCCCCGAGAAAAGAGUCUUCAAGCUCAUCUUAGAACCCACACAGGUGAACGUCCUUAUACUUGUGAUUAUCCAGGGUGUACAAAAGCUUUUACGCAAUCAGGUCAAUUGAAAACACAUCAAAGGCUGCAUACUGGUGAAAAACCAUUUGUUUGUACUCAUGAAGGAUGUGUAAUGCGUUUUACUCAUGCUAAUAGACAUUGUCCAGACCAUCCAUAUGCCACUCUCACACGUUCCGAUGAUUUUGUUUUGAAACCUGUAUCUGGUAAUACAGAAAUUCCACAUGAAGUCACAAGAUGGUUGGAACGUUAUAAAUUGAACAGAGAGAGAGAAGAUAAAACACCCACUGAAAAAAGUGAAAGAAAAAUGAAGUCCUGGAAAAAUAACAGUGAACACAAAAGAGGAAAAUCUCGAAAAGGUCUUAUUAUGGAUACAGUUGUUGAACAAGAGAAUCUUGACCGACCCAUUCAAAAUCUCAACUGCAUUUACUCCAGUGAAAGUCAAGAUAGUCAAGAUGAAAGUCAAGACGAGGAUCCUGUAGAAAAUUGUGGUAUCCUACCAACUUCUGAAGAUGAAGAAGAUGUUGAAAUUAAUAAACAUCCUGCCACUCCUCAAAGAAGGCCACUCGAUCGUCUGCAACCUAAAAAACGUUGGUUAAGAGAAGCUUGUUUAGAACAACAAUUAGCAAAGCCUCUGAGGUGGGAUCAUCCAAUAAAUAAUUGCAAUAGAAUUAUGCCUAGUCUGGGUGAAUCUGUUCAAUGGUGUCUAUCUGAAUCAAAACUACCAAAUUUUAACCAAGCCAUUAAUAAACCAGAAGAAGAUUCCACACCUUCUGAAAUUACUAACAAUGUAUCUGAAGUGGUACAAGUUUCUUCAACUACUAUAAAGGAAGAAAAAUUUGUUCCAAACCAGCCAUUACAAAUGAACAAUAAUGAAACAAGACCUACAGUGUUGAUGCUUGCUGGCAAGAAUCAACCUCCAAAAUCUUGUACUCCAGAACUAACUAAUACUGAUUUAAAGGUAAUAGUAGUUCGACAAGAAGAAACUCUUACACCACAACCACCGGUAUUAGAAGACAAUCAAAAAUGGCUUGGAGCCCUUGCAUUAAUGGAAUUGGCUGCAAAUAAAAAGGAAGUUGAGCAUUCUCUUGUUUUAAAUCAUGAUUCUUCUCAUUUUGCUGCACACUCAAGUUAUAUUGAACUAUAAGAGACUGUAUAAUUUUACUAAAUUUGAUACUACAGCGUUCUGCCUGAAUAUGCUCAAUGUGAUUUAUAAUUUAAUUAACCAAACAAAUAUAAAAGCACUUCAGAAUUGACCUUGCUUUUUGAAAUGAAUACAAUAUUUUUCAUUAACUUCCUGAUUUUAGUUCAAAAUUCAUCUCUUUGAUUUUGUCUAUUUAGCCCUAACAAAGUAAGGUCAAUGUUCUUAAAAAUUUUAUAAUUAUGAGCAAUGUUUGUGAAUAUGUUAUUUACUGUAGAAAAGCUCACUUUACAUAAAAUAUGUACUGCUUGGGUGAAUAAGAAAAUAUUUUUUAUACUUGUUAGUAAGUGUUAAGCACUGACCAGAAAAACUUUUUGUACUUGAUGUGAUUAAUAUAAUUAUAUUAUAAUAUUACUUUAUAAUAUUAUAAUGCUAGAAUAUUAUGAUAUUAUAACAUAAAAAUAUUAUAAUAUUGUAAUCAUAAGAUUUAUAAGUAACCAAAAAAGAUUCGAAUGCAUAGUGUCAUUUCAAAGGAAAAAUUGUUCAUGUUACUUUCAAAACUUUUGAGUUGAUGAAAAGUUAACUGUGUCAAAGAUGACCAUUUAAAGGCUAAUAUAAAUACUGUUGAAAAAUCGAGAGAUCACUUGUAUGCCAUCGAUCUUAUAAUAUUGUUACAAAAAAAAAAGAACAGCUCAGAUAAUUCAACGGAAAAAUCGUAGUCACUAUUAAUGUAAAGGUGUGUGAUAGAAAAUAUUGAGAAGUACAAAGUGAUUUACAAAGUAGUGUAAAUCAUUUCCAUGUUAAAUUAAUCUUCUUCCCUUAUCCUUUUAAAUUUGUACGACAUGUAAAUAAUUCUUUAUUUUAAUAAAAACCUUGACACAAA